CACGCCACUAAACCCAAAUCCCUAAGCUAAACCCUUGUAAAAUCGAAGGUGGGAGAAGGGGGAGAGGAACGGGAGGCGGCGGCGGCGAGGUGAUCGAGGAGAGGCCCAUGGAUCGUCAGGGGAACGGGGAUCCGGGGGACGACGAGUCGGCGACGGCGUCCUGGGAGGUGGGCGGGGGCUCCGAGGCCGGGGCGGAGGUGACGGGGGUUACCCGGGGCUCCGAGCCUGAGGCGGAGGGGGUCCCGGGUGGCGUCCUGGCGGGGGUGACCGCGGGCUCGGUGACCAAGCCGUCCAAGGUGGGUGGAGGCUCCAAGGCCCAGGCGGAGGCGUCUUCCAAGGCGGGCGGGGGCUCCGUGGUCGGGGCGGAGGUUGAGGGGUCCUCUGCUAGCUUCGUGGCGGAAGGGAUGGGGGUACCUCUGGUCCUGACGGUGGCGGAGAUAGCCGCUCAGGGCUUCGACAUCGGCGUCGACAUCCUGCUGACAACCGUGGAGGAGGAUGUGGAUCCGGACGCCGAAGCAGAGUUCGACGCGAUGAUUCUGGCCAACAACCUCCGAUUUGCUCAACAGUUACGCCAGGGAAUUCAUAAUGAUACAUUACAUGGAUCUUCCAUAUCCCAGGUACCCCCUGCUGAUACCUUCCAGCCUGAACAUGAAAAUGAGGAUGAGAAUGUUCACACCAAUCAACCCAACCCUGAGAAUGAUACUUUACUUGGAUCUGGCUCUUCAUUGUAUCAGGGAAUUCAUAAUGAUACAUUACAUGGAUCUUCCAUAUCUCAGGGGGGUGAUAAUGAUCCUGGAUCUGCAACUCGGUUCAAGCUUAAGGUCCCUAGUGCGUACCAAGGUCUUGCUGCCCUAGAAAAUUCUGAGGUCCAUGGGUUUGCAAUUGCAAAUGAUCUCAGAGAAAGUUUGAACAGCAAUCAGGGAUGGGCAACUGAAAAUCAAAUCUUAGGGCUUCUGCAGAACCGUCAAAUCUUUCAGCUACUUGAAAAUGAAGUGACUGCUAUAAAUGAUACUGCUCAAGGUGUUGUUGCCGUUGUACCUCAAAGCAGUGUGGAUGCACUUUCGAUAACUCCUGAAUACACCUCAUCUCGAAGGAUACUAAAAGAGCAUGGUCCGUCUAAGUUAAAGGUCUCCGGCGUUACCAUAAACAAAUUUGUCGUCAAAGGAAAUUUAUGGAGUAGAAGGCAUUACACCAUUGAUAACACAUGCCAUAUAUUUGAAUGGCCUGCCAAACCAGUGGCAAAUGAGAUACAGGCAGUACCCCCAAGGACUAGAGCAAGGACUACUGAAGAGUUGAUCGCCUCCAACGCAGCUGUGGUUGCAUCGCAUGGCAGAGUGCUAGAGUCUAACGCUGCUGUGGUGGAGUCAAACAACAGGCUGACGGCUGCCAUCUAUCAGCUCAUCGCCCGCCUCGGCGAAUCCAGCAACAGUAGGCCAUGAAGUGGGGCAAGGAAGGUUGGUUAGAUUAGUUAGGCAGAGGCGCUGUGCUGCUUGCAAACGUUGGGUCGUAUGGUCGAAUGCCUGCUGAAUUGUUUCUAAUGCCUGCUUGCAGACUUUGGGCCCUAUCGAAUGCCUGCCGGAUUGUUUGUAGUUCAAGUUUUGCCACCAUGACAGGAGAUAGGUGGGUUUCCUUUUUGCUGGUAUUGCUGAGAAUGGUUCUUUUGUCGGUGGUUCCAUUGAGAAACUAAACUCAGCUGUGCGAAUUGCAAAAACUACUUGGUUAGAGCAAGUACAAUCUUAUCUGUUACAUAGUGAGUGAAUGCAUCUUUCAUUUCGAA